AUGUCCGAAGAUAGUAUACAAUUGCCUGAUUAUCUUUGUUUCAAACCGUCGAAAGCAAAAACAGGGCAAAAUGGUCUGUUUACUACACGUGCUCUGAAACCGAAUGAACCAUUGGGAGUAUAUCGUGGAAAAAUUCGUCGGAGUUUACCGCAAACAGCCGAUGAAGAAUAUGUUUGGGCGAUUCUAAGUGCUCGUGGUGUACCUAUUCAUUAUAUUGAUGCGACCAAUCCUAGUGAUGGUAAUAUCCUUCGUUUUAUUCGAUGGACACAUGACAAGUCUCAGCAAAAUGUUGUUUGCAUGCAACAAAAUCAACAAAUUCAUUACUUUUCGAUGCGAGCAAUUCAGCCAGAUGAGGAGUUAUUGACAUAUAUUGAACGGCAAAAAUCCAAAAAGAAAGAUAAACGAGAAAACGGUCGAACACGUCGAGAAACGCGACAACAACAAUCGACUCAACACCAAGACAAUCCAGCAAUCAAAAUACUUGAACAAGAACCUGGCAAAGAAUUUGUCGAUGAUGAUAAUGUACAUUUGGUUAUGAACAAUCGCUCCUUAGAAUUCGAAUUACAAAUAACAAAGAAAUUUCUAUCAGAAACAUUAAUCAGCGAUGGAAUCAAGCAGACAUGUUUGAAAUGUGAUAUAUGUCAUCAAAUCUUCAUGUCCAACGUUGCUUUCAAGUUCCAUUACCAUACUUAUCACAUCACACCACAAUAUCUAUCUCCAGCAAACCGUCCGCGUACAAAAGUUCGAGAUAGUUGUAAUAUUUGUCGAUAUUCUUUUAUUGCUAAUGAUGUGAAGAGUGUUAUGGUCGAUUUACUUGAAAUUGUGGCUGGUGGUGAACGUCUGGAAGAAAAUCGCUACCCUCGUUUACACAUUUAUCGGUGUCAUUGGUGUGCGCCAAUUGAUGCUCAUUAUAAUACAGCGAAACAGUUAUCUCAACAUGUUCGUUCCAAACAUUACCGUUUAUUACAAGCACUUCUUGCUACACAAGCAAAUAUGUUACAAAACAACUCGAGUCAACCUCGAGGAAAGAGAUCUCGUGAUAAUGAACAAGAUGAAAAUAAUUUGAAUUCCAAUUUUUCUUCAACGUUGCAUCAAGAUCGUCAUCGUAGUUCAUCGAAUGUUCUUCAAUCGAGUAAUAGUCAUGAUUCAUCACCACGCUUACCAAUACCUAUCGGUUUACCUGACCCUUUAACAGAUCGUGAUUGUCAACAAUUAUACACGAUUGGCGAACAGAAUGCUUACAAUAUAACGAAUUGUAUCGAUGGAACUUUGGAAGACAUCAAACAAAACGAGGCAUUAUGUCGCCAACAGAUGGACGAUGAGAAUGUCAACGCAAAAUUAACAUCUAUCGAACAUUUUCUCAGUCAAUAUCCACUUGUUCGAGAUUUACUGGGACCACGACGUCGACAUGAUGUUGUCGUGCAACAUCUAUCCGAUGAUUACUUUGAUCAUCCGAAGAAUCAGAAUAUUGACAUGAGUAAAUAUUAUCAAAGACAAAAAUCGAUUCCUGAACGACGUUUUAUCAUGAAUCGCUAUACUUGUCUGCUAUGUACUGAACGAUUCUCAUCACCAUUGGAGUUGAUUGAACAUGAGAAAAGUCAGCAUGAGAAAAAUAUUUCCCCAUACGACUGGGGAUGGAAUUCGAUUGGUUUUCUUCAAUCAAAUCCUUAUGCCUUCAUAUUAGAAUUAGAAAAUGACUUGAAACAACAGCACGAACGAACGAAAACAGAUUUGCCAAGUUUUUUAAUGUCAAAUACGGGUUUGAGAAAAAAGGCAAUUCGACAACGUUCGACAUCUUCAAAUGAUCGAGUAUCAGCGAUUAAACAAGAAGAUAUAAAGCCAGCUUCGCCAAAAGCGCCUGCAAAACGCAUUCGACGUGAAAUUCAUCGAUCAAAUACAUGUCCUGUUCUUGAUACUAAACCUGUUGUAAAAGAAGAACCAAAAUCUGGUCAACGCAAAUCGAAACGUCUACGUAAAUCAAACAUCAGUCCACCACCUCUUUCACCUGAAGAAUCAUCGGAAUCGACUCCCGUAAAAAAAGAACUUCUCACAACAAUGAAACGAGCAGGUCCGUCAGCAUCGGCAUCGUCGACAGCAUCCGUAAAAGAGGUGAACAAUCCAAAUCAGAUCACUGUCAAAACAGACAAACGUCACUACUGGUGUACAAAGUGUUCUAAAAUCUAUCUCAAUCUAAUCUCUCUCUAUACUGAAUCUCAUUAUCGUCAAUGCGUUGGCGAAGAUCAACGUUUCAAUGUUAUUCAUGAUCCAUCGUUUUUUGCUAACGAAGACAUACUUGAACAAUUGCCGACUAACUCGGCAAACGACACGUCAACUUCCGAUUCGCCUGAUACAUCGACCAAUUCACGUAAGAAGGAGUCAAUUUUUUUCUCCAAAAGUAAUGAAGAUUCACGCACCUAUGUUAUCAACGGUAAACCCAUACGGAUGAGUUCCGUUAAUCGACCAAUAACCGUGAAAGAUCUUCGUCAACAAUUUCAACAACAAUCGACAUUUAAUACUACUAAUUCAAGUGAAGAAUACAUUUAUCAACAGCGACCAUCACCGUCGAAAUCAGCAUCAAAUCGUUCAUCACGCUCGAAUGAUAACUGGACAAACGAAUCUAUUGUAAAAAGUAUCCCCACCCCACGUUCAUUCGAUACAUUUGGUAUUAGUUCAGAUGAAGACGAAAUGGAAGAUAAUGAUGACGCCGACGAAAAGAAAACUAAGGAUAAACCAGAAGUUAAACCGACUACGAAACAAGAACGACCAGAACCUGAAAAAACACUGGUUAAGCGAAGAUACGACUCCGAAUAUGCUUCCUCAACCAAUACUAUCACAUCAAUUGAACAUGACGAUGGAAACAGUCGAAAGCAAUCUUCAACAAGAAAAAGUCGACCAGUUUCAACUGAACGCUCUACCAAUUCUACUUCUGAGCGAUCACGAUCAAGUUCAUCAUUGAAACAAUCUUUAUCAACUUCUACACGACAGUCAUGGAAACCAGCCAACGAUAAUGAAGAUUCAAUAGAUUGUUCGGAAGGUACAUCAACAUCGACGAAUCGCACAAAUAUUCCUGACGCAUUGCAAGAUUACGAUUAUGUUUGCGAAAAAUGCAAUAUGCCAUUUGUUAGCCAGACAUCCCUUGAAGAACACCAAAACGGCCAAUGUCUCGAAUUGAACGUUCUUGCUUCGUGUGGUUCAUGGUUCCGUUGUCCAUUAUGUUCACUGACUUAUUGCGAUGCUAAUCUGAUGUCAUUACACAUAAAUAAGACCCAUCGAGAUGUUUUGAAAAAUAAUCUACGUGCAACUUCUCAACGACGCGCCAAUAAUCGUAAUAGUCAAACAUCGACAAGUUCACGAUCAUUUUCGUCAUCAUCCGAACAUCAUCAUCUUCGAAAAUUCUCUUGA